AUGGGAAUUCAGGGUCUUUUGCCGCAAUUGAAAUCGAUCAUGGUUCCAACCCACAUCAAAGACUUGAAGGGUUGUUCCGUAGCCGUAGACACCUAUUCUUGGCUCCACAAAGGUGCAUUAUCUUGCAGCACUGACCUCUGCAAAGGGAUACCCACUUCUAGGCACAUUGAGUAUUGCAUGCAUAGAGUAAAUUUGCUGCGCCACUUUGGUGUUAAGCCUAUUCUAGUCUUCGAUGGAGGUCUUCUACCAAUGAAGAGUGAACAAGAGAACAAGCGUGCCAGGGUAAGAAAGGAUAAUUUUGCACGUGCAGUUGAACACGAGUCAGAUGGAAAUUCUGCUGCUGCCUACGAGUGCUACCAGAAAGCUGUUGAUAUUUCACCUCUGGUUGCACUUGAACUAAUUCAGGUCUUGAAGCAGGAGAAUGUGCAUUAUGUUGUUGCUCCUUAUGAGGCAGAUGCCCAGAUGACAUUCUUGGCAGUUAGUGGACAGGUUGAUGCAGUUAUAACUGAAGACUCUGAUCUUAUACCUUUUGGUUGCCCAAGAAUUAUCUUUAAAAUGGACAAGUUUGGUCAAGGUGUUCAGUUUCAGUAUUCCAUGCUACAAAAGAAUAAGGAGCUUAGUUUUGAAGGGUUCAACCGACAAAUGCUUCUUGAAAUGUGUAUUUUGAGUGGUUGUGACUAUCUUCAGUCAUUGCCAGGUAUGGGCCUCAAAAGGGCCCAUGCAAGCAUUAAAAGAUUCAAAAGUUAUGACAAGUUCUAUAUGAAAUUUGUUGUAAUCCUAAUGUCAAUUGCAAUGUAUCAGGUUCUUAAGCACUUGAGAUACAGUGGUGUUUCUGUGCCUCCCUUUUAUGAAGAGUCAUUCAAGAAGGCUAUACUUACUUUCCAAUAUCAAAGGGUUUAUGAUCCAAUUAAUGAAAAUAUUGUCCAUUUGUCUCAUAUACCUGAUGAUAUCGGUGGCGAGCUAGACUUUUUAGAUCUUACUAGAAAUCAUACCUUAACCUGGGAUACACCUAUGCCAAAAAAUAUUGCACAAGGAAUAGCAAAAGGGGAUCUUGAUCCAUUUACCAAAAUGCCAUUUGAGGGUGAGAAUCUUACAGCCAGUUUAGCAAUUGCAGAAACUUUUCAAAUCAAAACUCUUCAUUCCGAAAGUGUGAAGAAAAAGAUUGAUCUGCCUCUGCAGAAGAACCUCUUGACCAAUAAUUUUUCCUUAGCCCUGGAAGGUAUUGCAUCUCUUGAAGCAAAAAAGGAAUUCAGAGCACCUCGGAUGUCACCUACUACUGCUAAUCAAAGUACAUUGGAUUCCUCUUCUGUCAGUCCCCUGGAACAUGAGACUUUAGAAGCUGCUGCUAGUGAAACAAAGAACUCUGCUGCAUCCGUAGUUGACUUUGAGAAUUGUGGCAGUGGCCCUCCUCCUAAUAGCUGUAUUGAAAACAGUUUUGCCACCAAAAAUUCGGAGUUUAUGGAAUCUCCAUUAUCUAUGGUGGGUGAGAAGAAUAAAGGUCCUGAACAUACAAUACUGCAACAGCCCAGGCAGCCAAUUCAUAAACCUUGUCUGGGGUUGCAUAAGGAGCAUGAGCAAACAAAUGUUCAAGACACAGUUGAAGGAAAAACCAGGGAGGCAACAAGAAAGGUAAUUGUCAGGAGCGCUUAUUUUCAACACAAGCAAGCAGAAAAGAAUGUUUGCGACAAGAACCGAGAUCACUUGUCCUCUGGCAUUUUCAUUGAUGAGAGAAAAAAUGCCGUAUCUGACAGUGAUUUAUGUAACAACCAGUUGAAGAAUAAAAAUUUGAAAAGGAAGAUUUCCCCUAAUGACAAUAUUCAAAAUGAAAAUUUGCAGCCCAAGCAAAUGCAUCCUGCUUCACCUCCUCAUAAAAAUGGUUACUGUGAUCACAGUGAUGAUAGACCAUUUACAGAGAAUAAUGCUGAAGAAAAAUUUGGGACAAAAAUUUCCCAUCUAGGCCAUUAUUCAGAAAUAGCUGAGAAGUCUAUGGAAAGAUUUGUCUCUGUGAUAUCAUCCUUUAGAUGCUCUUCUGGUUCUCGUGCAAGUGGCCUCCGUGCUCCUCUGAAAGAUGUUCGAAACACUUGUAAUAAUAGGCCAACAACCGCUGAAGACUUCAGACAAUAUGCAUACGUGCCAACAAAACAAAGAAAGACUAGCAGAAUAGCUCCUGGGAAUAAAUUCAAGUUGUUUAAGUGGAACCUUACUUGAUUGUGGUUUAUGUC